UAGUACUUGGCAUGAUAUUUUGUGGGUAGAUGCUUAGGUCAACCUCUAAAGGAUGCGUGAAAUUUCUGUAAGCUCUUUACUCACCUAUACUUUUUACCAAAGAAAUACAGCAGCACACAAAAAUUAUAUUUACAACAGUCUUCAUGACGUUUUUGGGUUUUAGGCGCCACACAAAUCAAAUUUGGGGUUAUGUAUGACUCAUUUUUCCCCAAUGUUUUUUCCUACUUUUCCACAAUGAUACAAAACCAAUUAUUAUUAUUGAGCUCCUGAACAUUAAAUUGCGAAUUAGACACCUCUGCCAGCUAAAAUAUACAUAUAAUUUAAAGCUGGGUAGGCCAAUAACGAUUAUUCUUGAAAUUUCUAGAAUCGACGAAAAACUUCAACAAGUUGCCAACAAAUUGUCAAAAAUACGUCAAAAACAUAUAGGUUACGAUCAAGGAAGAAUUUGUUUGAGGAUCCCAGUCUUGUGGUUUUGUGACCUUUCGAAUGCUUGAAUUUGCAUUGAAAAAUAGGAAGAAGAAGCGGAUAAUACAAAUCCAAAUAAGCCUUAGAAAAUGGAAGAAGAAAGAAAAGUUUCCACUGAAAAUGAAGAAAUCAAAUCUACAGCAAUAGUAAAAUACUCGGUACCAAAGCCAGCACAAUUUAUGAAACUACAGUGCAAUACAGAUUUGAAUUUACCCCCUUCAAACUGGCUCAGCAGCUCUGCAGAUUCCUAUGGCUUACAACAAGUCUUAUCACACUCAAAAGGCUUUUCAAGUUUCAGGAUGGCCCACAUGUUUCCUGACUGUGUUGGUGAGGUGGAUGUCAUUUCAGAUGCUGAAAAUAUUAAAAAACUACUGAAAAUACCUUACAACAAAGCCCAUAUCAGUAUGAUGGUACAUCGCAUUGAAAAUACAUUACUCAUUGAUGAUUUUGAUAUUUACAAACACCUCCUGAGAACUGCUGAAACAGAAUGGGAAUGGCUGCGUAAAUUUUUUAUUGAGAACAUAAACAGAGCUACUUAUGAGGAAGAUAAGCAUUUGUAUAUUAAGAGUCGGCAGAGAGAGGCCUUAAAGGAGAAAAGUUUGGUAUCCAAGUUUCUGUACUAUAGUUUAGGUGAUAGUAGAUGUAAUAAAGAAACCAGUGAACUCAUAGAAACCAAUCAGAAUUGUCCUUUACAAGAACCUGAUUUGCCAGAGCCUUCUACAGAGUAUCCUGAUUCACCCACAUCGGAACAAAGGUAUAACCGAAAUGUUGUUUGGACUUUUGAAGAUAUUGAAAUGCUUGUAGGAACUGAUUUACCAAUAUUUGGCGGAGGUACUCACCCUUGUAUUUCCUUAAGGCUGAGAGAUAUGUCAAAGCCAAUCAAUGUCCUCACUGGCAUUGACUAUUGGCUUGACAACUUGAUGUCAAAUGUACCUGAAGUCAUCAUGUGUUUCCAUUUGAAUGGAAUUGUUCAAAAGUAUGAACUAAUUAAAACAGAAGAUUUACCUAGAUUGGAUAACUCUAAGUUCUCUCCAAAACUGAUUCGUGAUGUAGCUCAGAGCAUUUUAAGCUUUUUGAAGUCGAAUGCUACAAAGCCAGGACACACAUACUGGCUUUUUAAAGGCAAGGACGAGGAGGUUAUCAAAUUAUAUGACCUAACAAGUCUCUGUUCAGAAUCGGAUGUGGAGAAAGGCCAGAAUCCCUUCACUGUACCAGUGGCGAUGUUAUUGUAUAGAGUUGCUAGGAACAUGAAACACUCAACUGAUAGAAGGAAGCCAGGGACUAUAAGAAUGCUUUUGCAGAACUGCAUAAAGCUUCUGCCAUACGAAAAAUACCCCGAGAUAGUGACAUCAUCCCUAUUUAUGCUUUCUGAUCUCUAUGUACCUGCCAACACAAAUCCGGAAAAUCCUGACAUGCGAGACAGCGAAACGGAUGAUAACGACGCUGAUUACGAUGAUAUUGAAAGCGAUAUUAAGGAAGAGGCGACUAAAAUCCUAGUGUUGGAUAACAGUCGCUUGGAGAGGUUCAAGAACUAUUAUAAGCCACCACCACCGAUUGUAGGUGAUGUUGAAGAACGGUGUGUACAGGCUAUCAAAUACGUGGCUGAGGGCUUGGAUUGUAUCAAGUACUUUUCAGAACAAAAAGACGAAGAGGGAAAACAAAGCGUAAGGCCAGAAGAUGAAGAAGUCAAAAUGGCCAAACCUUUCGAACCGAUACCGAUGCCUUACGGCAAAAUAAACGAAGAAAAAGAAACACCGAAAAAAUCCAAAAAGAAAAGCAAGAAAAAAGAUAAACUUCAAGAAAAGAAAGAGGAGUCCAAAUCGACUGAAAACAAAAACGCUCUGCUACCAAAAACCAAACACGAAGCUCAACCGUUGCCAAAAUGGAACGAGGCUGUGCAUAACAUCUCUUGGAAAGAUCAUCUCAAAACGUUACUGUACGAAAAAGCAGUACUGGUAUAUGCCAUCUUAUCAGAGUACCAUUAUGUGAAUGGAAACUACGGGACUAGUCUGAGAUACAUAGGACUGUUAGCAAGAUGUCAGCUCACAAUGAACAGACUUCAGUACACGUCAAACGCCUUGCGUGAAAAUUGUAUGUUAGGUAGAGCAGGGGAUUGCUGUAUUAUGAUGGUGCAAACCUGGGGAAAGUGUGACAGUUACAAUGAACAACUGCAUUACAUUACGGAUGAGGAUCUGAAGAUGAUGGAGCAGAUCGAAAAAGAUGAACAAGCUCAUGGAAUUAAACUUGGUGAAAGCAAUAUGAAGUGCGUUUUUAUCUAUGAUAUUCGUACUAUCGAGCAGAUUCUGCUUAAGGCGAUUGAAUGUUAUGAAGCUGCGUUGAAGUUGUCAGAAACGGAAAGCAUACUAAGAAGGUUAGGAAAUAGCCUGAAUGAAGUCGCUUCCUAUUACCUCAAUAAAGCGAAAUGUGAGAAAAAGCCAGAAGACAUCAUAACAACUUGCAAGAAAGGGGAACCUUACCUUACCAGAGGUUUAGAGAUAUUCGAGAAAGUAAAGGACGACGCAAAUAUAGCUUUAUUAUACACCAAUAUAGGUCAUUUACAUAGGCUUUUAGCGUACGCGCACACUCCUGCUGAACGCGGUGAACUUACCUCGCCAGAAAAGUUACAUUAUAACAAGGCAUUUGUGAACUACAAGAAAGCGUUGCAAGUUUUGGGUGAAAGAGAACACUGUCCUGGCAUUUGGGAUGCUGUUAAAUGGGAGCUAUCAACUGCUUUGUUCAAUAUGGGCUCUAUUAUGCACGAAAAUCCCCCAUCGCAUUUGACCAAAGCCGAGGCUGAGAAAGAGGUGAUAGAAAUUCUGCAAAAGGCACUAAAAUAUUGUGAUCUAGAAGAAAACAACCCCAAGUUCCCUUUGUAUCAAUACAGAGCUGCCAUCAUACACUACAGAAUUGGCUCUCUGUAUCACAGCCAUAUUUGGUCCACAACUAAUGAUGCCUGCAAUAGAAAAAACAUCAUACAGCUGGCAAAAAUCAACUAUGAAAAGGCGGCGAAGCUGUACUUCCAAAGUUCAGACGCUGUUAAUUAUUUCACAGCUCAAAUGCAACGAUUUGCUUUAUCAGAAUACCUUGCAGAAAGUAAGUAAAUUGCAUCUCUUCUUGCGGUGCCACAUCAGGCCCAUCUGGUCUGUUCCUAUCGAUUAUGCCCUUUAUCAUGAGCUGAAGGGCGUUAUAAUGAUCUCCUCAAGGAGCAUGCCCAAGGAUUGAAAUUUUCCUUACCUUAACAGUUUUAAAUAGUUCACAAACGACAUUUGCUCUGUUCAACACUGCAUCACUGUCCAGGGUAUUUGAAGUAUUCUUUUAUGCAACCACGUCUUAUACAUUUCUAGUCUAGUUAUACUAUCAGCAUUCCUCCUCUAAUUUUGUUUACUCUAACAACUCAAAAAAUAAAUAUUAUUGCGAUCGGGGAACGAUAACCCUUUCGCUCAAACUUUGGAUUUGAAAGUUGGAUGUAUGGAUUUCAAAACCUAAUUCUUAUUCGACAAAACACUGC